CAUUGCCCAGCAAAGUCUUCCCUGACUUGUCACUGUCUCCUCCUUCAACAGGACUCCAUGGGCAGAGUGAAGCAAUGUCCAACAGCAGCUCCAUCAGCCACUUCCUCCUGCUGCCAUUGGCAGACACACGGCAGCUGCAGCUCCUGCACUUCUGCCUCUUCCUGGGCAUCUCCCUGGCUGCCCUCCUGGCCAACGGCCUCAUCAUCAGCACCGUAGCCUGCGGCCACCUCCUGCACAGCCCCAUGUUCUUCUUCCUGCUCAACCUGGCCCUCAGUGACCUGGGUUCCAUCUGCACCACUGUCCCCAAAGCCAUGCACAAUUCCCUCUGGGACACCAGGACCAUCUCCUACACAGGAUGUGCUGCACAGCUCUUUUUCUUUCUGUUCUUCAUCUCAGCAGAGUAUUUCCUGCUGACCAUCCUGUGCUACGACCGCUACGUGUCCAUCUGUAAACCCCUGCACUACGGGAUCCUGCUGGGCAGCAGAGCUUGUGCCCACAUGGCAGCAGCUGCCUGGGCCAGUGCCUUUCUGUAUUCACUGCUGCACACAGCCAAUACAUUUUCCCUGCCCCUGUGCCAUGGCAAUGCUCUGGGCCAGUUCUUCUGUGAAAUCCCACAGCUCCUCAGGCUCUCUUGCUCACAUUCCUAUUUAAGGGAAAUUCGACUUAUGUUCAGCGUCACAUUAUUAUUGUGUUGUUUUGUGUUCAUUGUUUUCUCCUAUGUGCAGAUCUUCAGGGCUGUGCUGAGGAUCCCCUCUGAGCAGGGACGGCACAAAGCCUUUUCCACCUGCCUCCCUCACCUGGCCGUGGUCUCCCUGUUCCUCAGCACUGUCAUGUUUGCCUACCUGAAGCUCCCUUCCAUCUUGUCCCCAUCCCUUGAUCUGAUCCUGUCAAUUCUGUACUCAGUGGGGACUCCAGCCCUGAAUCCCCUCAUCUACAGCUUGAGGAACCAGGAGCUCAGGAAAGCUCUCAGGGGACUGAUAUCUGGAUGCUUUUCAGCUACCAUAAACUGCCUGCUUUCUUCUGUCGCUGGCUACCGGUGCACAUCAUAA